AGGCCAUACAAGACUUGAGGAGAAACCAAGACAGGAAAAAAAACAAUGGCAGUGCAGAAUAACGAGAGCAAAAUCCUUGUAUUUGGAGGGACUGGAUACAUUGGGAGUUACAUAGUGAAAGCAAGCAUCAACUUGGGACAUCCCACUUAUGUUUUCUCAAGGCCUAAUUCCCACAAAACUGAAAUGCUCAAUCAGCUUCAGUCCAUGGGUGCUAUCAUAGUCAAAGGAACGAUGGACGAGCACGACAAGCUUGUUUCGCUGCUUAGGGAGGUUGAUGUGGUCAUAUCUGCAUUGGCUUAUCCUCAAGUUCUUGAUCAGCUCAAAAUCAUUGAGGCUAUCAAGGUUGCUGGUAAUAUUAAGAGAUUUCUGCCAUCGGACUUUGGUGUUGAAGAGGAUAGGGUGAGUGUGUUGCCUCCUUUCGAAGCAUUCCUUGAGAAGAAGAGGAAAAUCAGACGAGCCGUAGAAGCAGCAAACAUCCCUUACACUUUUGUUUCUGCAAACUGCUUCGGGGCUUACUUUGUGAACUUCUUGCUCCGCCCUUAUGAGCAAACAGAAGAGAUCAUCACUGUGUAUGGCAGUGGCGAAACCAAAGCUGUGCUGGUUUAUGAAGAAGACAUUGGGGUUUUCACUAUCAAAGUGGCAGCUGAUCCGAGAGCAUGCAACCGUGUGGUGAUAUACCGGCCAGCAGCCAACUUGAUAUCACAACUUGGAUUGAUUUCUUUGUGGGAGAAGAAAACAGGGAGAAGAUUUAACAAGGUUCAUCUACCAGAGGAAGAAAUGGUGACCCUUUCAAAAACUCUGCCAGAUCCUCAGAAUAUACCAAUCUCCAUCCUUCACAGUGUCUUUGUAAAGGGCGUAACAGCGAACUUUCAGCUUGGGGAGAACGAUGUUGAGGCUUCUGCAUUAUAUCCAGACCUGAAAGUGACUAGCGUUGACGAGCUACUCAACAUUUUCCUGUGCAAUCCGCCCAAGCCUGCUAAUGCAGCAUUUGCAUAAAAGUUGUAGAGUGUUAAGACAGUUGCUCGUUAUCUCAUACACUUUGUGACAAGAUUGUUUCCCGAUUUGCAAACAGUUCAUCUAUCUAUGUAUUGAUGCUGUAAUUAAACGGUAAUAAAGAUUCAAUGAUUGGCAAGAUUACCGUAAAUGAAAGAAACAACAAACAAGAAAAAAUAUAUAAUAUAUAUUUUACAGGUGAUACGGUUACAGACAACUUAAGUGUUAACUUGGCAAGCAGGGUGCAGGAGCAGAUGAUGCAUGGGUUGAUAUUUUGCACAAACCUCGCCUCUUUUCUUCAUUUUCUUCUUCCCUCCAUGAUGGAAUAUAACAAAGACAGGCAUUCUGUCAGCAUCAAAUAAUUCCUAAGGACUAUGGUUACAGGAGAUCUCGCUCUUAAGCUAAAUUCACCAUAAGAUGAGACUGUUCACAUGAGGAAAAUAACUAUAAACAGAAGGAUGAUUUUCCUUGUUCACAUCAA